AGUCGGAUUCAUCAACCACUCAGCCACAAAGGGAACUCCCUGGGCUCCUCCUUCUUAAUCUUCCUCCUUUGGAUCAUCUCUUGGGUGAAGCCAGCUGCCACACUAUGUAAACACUCAAAGGGUCCUGGAGAGAAGCCUCUGAAGCAUGUGACUGCGGCCUCCCGCCAACAGCUAUAAUAACCCGUGGGAAAAUUAGUGAGUGAGCCCUCUUGGAACAGAUCCCCCAGCCCAACUCAAGUCCUCAGAUGCCUACAGCCCCAGCUAACAUCUUGAUUAUAAUUUCACGAGAAACCCUGAGCCAGAGCCAUCCAGAUAAGCCAUUCUAAAUUCUUGGCCCAUCAAAGCUAUGAGACAGAACCUAUAUUAGAAAAAAAUGGAAAAGAAUCUGAAAAAGAAUGUAUAUGGAUCACUUUGCUGUACACUUAAAACUAACCCAACAUCAUAAAUCGAUUAUACUUCAGCUUUUGCUCAGGCCUGUGGCACCGGCAGGAUGGGCAAGUGUCUCAGUCUUCAUACUGCCAGGAAGCUCUGGAGUCACCAGUGGGACCAGAAGUGGCAUGAUAAACAGUACAAGAAAGCCCAUUUGGGCACAGCCCUGAAGGCCAACCCUUUUGGAGGCACUUCUCAUGCCAAGGGAAUAGUGUUUGAAAAAGCCUACUGGAAAGGGGUUGAAGCCAAACAGCCAAAUUCUGCCAUCAGAAAGUGUGUCAGGGUUCAGCUAAUCAAGAAUGGCAAAAAAGUCACAGCCUUUGUACCCAAUGAUGGCUGUUUGAACUUCAAUGAGGAAAAUAAUGAAGUUCUGGUUGCUGGAUUUGGUCACAAAGGUCAUGCUGUUGGUGACAUUCCUGGAGUCCGUUUUAAGGUUGUCAAAAUAGCCAUCGUCUCUCUUUUGGCCUUCUACAAUGGCAAGAAGGAGAGACCAAUGUCAUUAAGUUUUUUUUUUUUUAUCUUGGGUGGAGGGAAGAGGACUUCUCUCUUCCUCUUCAUGGACAGGCUGCUGAUAGUCACCCUACAACCAGGAGCUGAUGAGGAGGAAGGUGUGGGCUUGGGGAACAUCACGGGGCUGCUGACCAAGACCUGCCCAACCGAGAAGCCAGUGACAAAAACCCAGAGAAGAACUGCUCAAGCACAAACACUUGCCAGGCAAUAUUACGGGGAUGAGAAUAUGAAUCAUCGAGGAAGUGAAAGAUUUCACUAUGGAAAACCAAUGCCAUUGACCUCAAUAAUGCUCUUCAGGGCCCCAGCGCUGAAGCUGAUUCUGGUUGACUUCUUACUCUGGAAGAGGAGGGGACAAUUCUGUUUCCACCUCCUGCCCCAUGCUGCCCACACAUCCCCAUCUUCCAACACCUGUCUAUCUGAUGGGAGGACUCGCAAACGUCAGCACCUGUAG